CUUGGCUUAUGUCUUCUCCUUGUGUUCUCCUUUUCAUUUAGCUGGUAUAAUUUUAAGGAGAGCGAAUGGCAUCCCACGGCCCUAUUUUUCUGCAAAGCUGAGAUACCUAACCAUAAUACUGUCAGCAAUUCAUCCCACUUGGACCUAUUAAAGGAGGUGAAACUUGAAAGAAUGCUUUACGAGAAGCCAGAGGCCCUCAAACCCCCGAGAACCGACGUGCUGAUGAUGACGCCUUGGUUUGCGCCCAUAGUUUGGGACGGCACAUACAACAUCGACAUACUCAAUGCACAAUUCCACCAGAGAGGCGUACGUGUCGGAAUUACAGUAUUUGCUAUUAAAAAGUAUGUAGUUUUUAUUAAAACCUUCGUUGAAACAGCCGAAAAGUUCUUCAUGGUCGGACACGACGUGAACUACUACGUGUUCACCGAUCGCGCCGAUGAGGUCCGCCAGUACAAUAUUACUCUACCGGCGGGGAGACGUUUGGUCGUUUUGGAAGUGCCCGCUUAUAAAAGAUGGCAGGAAGUCUCCAUGAGGCGCAUGGAGAUGAUCCGCGACUACUCUCGCCAACGAUUCGUCAACGAGGUGGACUACUUAGUGUGCGUGGACGUAGACAUGAAGUUCACCGAUGACGUCGGCGUGGAGAUUUUGAGUGAUUUAUUUGGAACGCUGCAUCCCGGUUUUUAUGGAGCGCCUCGGUCACGUUGCACUUAUGAGCGGAGGUCGCAAUCCGAAGCCUAUAUUCCGGCUGAUGAAGGAGACUUUUACUACGCAGGGGGUUAUUUCGGGGGUACGAUAGAAGAAGUUUACAAGUUGACUAAUUUCUGCCACAACGCAAUGAUGGCAGACAAGCAAAAAAACAUUGAAGCCGUUUGGCACGACGAGAGCUACUUGAACAAGUACUUUUUGUAUCACAAGCCAACCAAGAUCCUUUCUCCCGAGUAUCUUUGGGACAAUGGGUUCGGGACGCGAGAAUUCCUAAAAAGAAGAAGAUUUGUUGCUGUUCCAAAGAACCACAACGCGAUCCGGAACAGGAGGGAAGCCGGCGCCAAACGAAAAGUCACAGAAAAAUUUCACCGCUCGUAGCUCCGUUUUGGAUUUCUCUUCGGGCCAACGAGGGCCUUUUUGGACAUUAAGGCUUUGCCCGAAUACGUGCCCGUGUUCCCCGAUUAUGAUCCAAGUUCCUGAUUUUGAGCUGUCCACAAAACCUUUUUAAGUAGUGGAUAAAAAGAAGUUUACAAUACGGAGCGCAAGUUUCUUUGCAUACCGAGGAGAGAACCUCUAUAAAAAAAAUAUAUGUAUAUUAUAUCAUGCGCCUGGGAAAUUAUAAUUAUUUAUGGAAAUAUAAUAAAAUAUACCAUGAUUUUAUUGACUAUAAGUUGGACUAUAUGCAAUACU